AUGCCAACCAAACUGCCUGGAAUCGGAUUGUAUCUCUUGGAAUUAACAGAAAGCGGAAGACACAUCGUGGUAGGCGUAGUAACCAUACCCAUGUCAUUCCUGGUAUUUCGGACCACUCUGCCAUCACCUGCCGGCUUCGUCAUAAAAGGCCUCUUCGGACUGACUCCACGUUUACCUGUCGCAACAUACAAGGCAAUAAAUAGAGAAGCGUUUGCCAAUGAUGUUGCCAGCUGCACCAUUACAGCCUCUGAUACGGACAGUGUAUGCAAUGCUGUGCGAUUGUACAAUCUUCAGCUCGGCACACUCCUGGAUUCUCAUGCACCUGCCAAGACGAGAACCAUCAAGAACCGUAAUGACUGUCCUUGGUUCAAUCCUGAUAUCCCCGCAGCUAAGAGGAAAUGCAGGAGACUUGAACGUAACUGGCGUUCCAACGGUAAGCUACACAUCGACAGAGAACUAUGGUGUGCUCAGAAGAACUUGGUAAACUCCAUGCUGAUGAAGGCGAAACGCUCACAUUAUGUUGGUCUCGUUGACGACUGUGGCAGCGAUUCACGCAAGCUCUUCUCUCUUGCUAACCGUCUUUUGAAUCAAAAGCAGUCUACCCCUCUACCGCGUCACACUGAUAGUCAUAUUAUGGCUGAGACGUUCAUCCAGUUCUUCCAAGCGAAAGUUCGGACUAUCUGCGACACUCUUCACCCAGAUGAGUCCUGUCCGCAACCUUUCACGGCGACCUUGCUUGAGACUCUGCAUCCUACCAAUCCAGAUGAGAUUCAAUCAAUUCUUAGGAAAAUACCACCUAAAUCAUGCCAUGGAAAUGUAGCAGUUUUGAAUUAUCUACUGGAUGAGAAAGACCUACUGAGUUCAAGACGUUCAAGAAGAGGUUAUUCACCUUUAGAUGUUGCAGUGCGAUCAGGAAAAGCUGAAACAGCACGGAUUCUCCUUGAUAAGAUAAAACAUGACACAUCGGUAAUACUCCAGAGCGAUCGUGAAGGACUUACACCUCUUCACAUUGCUAUUGAAAUUGGAUUAACAUCAAUCGUUGAAGAGUUGAUUUGUUUAGGUGCUGAUGUAAACCAGGCAUCAAACGAUGGCCAGACACCUUUACAUACUGCUAUCAGACUAUGCAACUGUAAGAAAAGACAAGUUGAAGUUACACCAGCUUUAGACCAGAUACAGCAAGAGAGUGAUGACACCCUCUCACGACCAGAAGCUUUGAUACAACUCCUAGUAAAUCAAGGAUCUAAGAAGGAUAUCAAGGAUAAUGGCGGGUAUUUUCCAGUGCAGUACGCCAAGGAUGAGCACAUUAAGCAAAUUGUAUUCUGUAGGUCAUCGGAAGAAGACUUUGAUAUCCCACGUGGCAAGUAGUUCUCUUGAUUCUUAAAUGUCAAUUUAA